CAGAUGUUCACAUGCCUCUCUCAAGUGGCCAGCGUUUCAGUAGUAUUAAACGCGAGAGCAGCCUUCUUGCACGCCCACUGUCUGUUACACAAACUUGUAUCAUGAUUUCAAGAUCACUCCGGUCAUAGAAGGCCAUCGAGACGCCUCUGUUCUACAAACAGCGCUUCGACCAGUCGAUUCAGGAUGUGGAUUCCUAUGCUAAGUUUUACUGCUCUGCCACACGUUGGUGGAAUAUUUGGAGGUUUAAUUACACGGAAAGAGGUGAAGACCUGGUACACCACGCUCAACAAACCUUCAUGGAGACCACCUAAUGCUGCCUUUCCAGUGGUGUGGACCACUCUCUACACUGGCAUGGGCUACGGUUCAUACCUUGUGUGGAAAGAGCUUGGAGGCUUCACCCAGGAUGCAUUGGUACCACUGGGGCUCUAUGGGAUGCAGUUGGCGCUUAAUUGGGCCUGGACCCCCAUCUUCUUUGGCGCUCACAAAAUUAAACUGGCAAUGAUAGAGAUAGUGAUGCUGACCGGCACAGUGGCAGCCACAAUGGUGUCUUGGUAUCCCAUCAGCCGCACUGCAACACUUCUCAUGGUACCAUACUUGGCCUGGCUCUGCCUCGCUACCAGCCUCAACUACUGCAUUUUGAGGGACAAUCCAGACCCCAAAAAAGAUGACUAAAGAGGCAAAUAAAAAUAAACACUAUUCUAACUACCACUGAAUAGAGCACAAAUGCAAUCAUGCUUUUUUUAUUUUGCUUUUUGGUCAUUUUGAAGUUACCUUUUAAUUCUGAAGAAUUAUAUAUUUUUUUUUUACUUAACAUUUUGUAACAUCAGAAAUUGAACAAUGUAUCUUAAUUAUAAGAGAAGGAAAGGCAAUAAAAUUAAAAUGUUCUAAUGCA